CUUCAGUUUCAUAGUUUUUGUCCUCUUAGACUCAGACGGACAGUCUUUGAGGAGCCGAGGGUCUUCUUCAGAAUGCAGCUCUUCCUCACCCUCCUCUUCCUCCUGUCCUCCUACGUUGCCACAGUUACAGCGUGGGCUGGCUGCACCAGGGACAGGGACAAGGACCACCGGACAAGGGAGAACUGCACAGCGCUCGGCUUCAGCGACGUCCCAGCGGGAUUUGAACCCACGACCAAGGUUAUGUUGUUUACCAACAACCUGUUCUCCAGUCUGUCCUGGUCCUCCUUCCAGAUCUUCACAGCCAUCUAUGAGAUCGACUUUUCAGGCAACAAGAUUCCACAGGUGACCUCCAGUGUUACUCCGAUCUUGCCCACCCUCAGUGUUCUCCGGCUGGGUUCGAACCGCCUGACGUCCCUCUCUGACGGCUCCUUCACCGCCUGUCCUGCUCUAACUGAACUCUACCUGGACAACAACGUGGUGGACUCUCUGAGUGACCACACCUUCUCUGGACUCAGCAAGCUGGAGAUCCUGGACUUGUCAUCCAAUCGUAUCAAGGUGCUUCCCGAGCUCAUGCUCCACCCACUCCCUGCCAUAGAGACCCUCUACCUGGAGAGCAACAAGAUCAUGGUGAUGCCAGAUGAUUGGUUCAGCAAGAAGGAGGAAGUGCCGUACCUCUUCCUCUCAGCCAAUCCCUGGGCCUGCUCCUGUUCCCUUGGUUAUUUGCGCAGAUACCUAGACGACUAUGAAUUCAACGUCUACACCCGAGAUGGCCCAAUCAUCCAGAGCGACCCAGAGAGUGUGGUGUGUGACUCUCCACAGUGGCUUAAGGAUAAACCUGUAGUGACACUGGAGGAAUCUGACCUGUGUUCACCUGCGCCUGAACCAAAUCCAGCCGGAGACAGUGACAAGCAAACUAUUCCUGUCCAUACAGAUACUGUUGCUCCAGCUGUUCCAGAUACUACACCUCUUAUUCCUAUGACGCUUCCUCCUGUUCCCACUACUGUUCCUCCUGUUCCUACUACUGUUCCUCCUGUUCCCACUACUGUUCCUCCUGUUCCUACAACGAUUCCUCCCGUUCCUAUUCCUUUUCCUAUUCCUACUUCUACUGCUGCUGUGCCGUUGAAUGUGUCGCAUACCUUGGCUCCUCAUCCUACUGUCAGACCCCCAACUGAACGUCCUGCUGACACAACGCCAACAAAACCCAGAUUUGUUUUUUCAACUGUCAAGUCAACAACACCAAAACUCCAGGUAGUUCCAACAACCUCCCUCACCGUGGCAACCAUCACAUCAACCCCUUCAUGGGCAAUCAACGAAGGAGCCGGUGGUAGGAUUGGUGCUGUCGGAGGUGCGGGCGUGUUUUGCUUUUGGCUUUUCGCAGGGUGUCUGCUGCUGUGCGUGGCGUCAGCGGCGUACAUAUUAGUGACUCUGGUGUGGCUGGUCAACUGGUACAGGAAGGUGUACAAGCCGCUGAGCAUGGCGCUGACGAGGAGGGGAAGAGGUGGUGAGGUUGUGAGGCUGUCAACAUACAGCAGCAGGGGAGGGAAAGAGUUGCUCGGAGAAGGAGCAGGAGGAGGAGUGAUUGCUCUCUAUCGUUCUGUGCUGUUCGCCAACAAAGAGGGAGGAGUGGCUACGGAGAGGGAGGAUGGAGGGAAAGAAGGUGCAGGAGGGAAUGAAAGACUCCUUGUCACUCUGGAGCCAACGGGAGGAAGAGGAGGAACGAUGGGAGAGGAAGAAGGAGAAAGAGGAGGGAGGGAGGAGAAGGGAAUGUACAGAAAGACAUUGUACCGUCUGUUAAGCAAAGAGGAGGAGAUAGAGGGAUGGAGGGACGUGAUGGAGGAGUGUCGGGUCUCUGCAGAAAGUAGAGGAGGGAGGAGGCAAGGAGAGGCGGGAAGUGGAGGAGAAGUUUCUAGAAAGCGCUACAGUGUAAUUCUGAGGGAGGAGAGGGAGGAGAGGGAGGAGGCAGGGGGAGGGAAGGAGGAGCUGGACUGGGUGGUUGGGGGGUGGGAGGUGAAAAGAGGAGAGGAAGAGGGGGAGCCCAGGAGCAGCUGGGGGGAGUGGCUGGCACACUACUUACCCAGCAUGCCUUGGAGUGUGACCACGCCUCCUGAGGGUGAGGCAGCUCAGUGAUGUCAACAAUGUGAGUGAUGACAUCACUUCCUGUCUAGCAUCCAUAACUAAUCUCUCAUUCAUCAUUUCUUUUAUCAGAGUCUAUGUUCCAUACUCUACAACAAAGUUAAAACGGUUUCAGAGCGAUGCACCACUGCCGUAAAUACAAAUUGCACCUGCAGGUUGCAAACUGUCUUCCUGACCUACGAUGUAUUGAGCUGACAGAAUACAAUACUACUGCGACAGCUGUAACCUUUUUGGUGUCGUCCCCGUCCCACAGGGUUCUGUGGACAGAUAUGGAUCCGGCAUCAAAGAAGCACUGACAGUAGAGCUAUAUUGGGUCAUUCUUAAACUGUCGUGACUUUUGUGUCCCUGUCAGAAAUGACAAAAACAAAAACACAUUCCUGAGUUUUUGUUUUUCUCCCGCUUACUUGACACCAAAAGAAACAUGAGAAAAAAUUUCAGUCGUUAUUUUUUUAAUAUAUAAAAAGUGGCAGUUUUUGCUGUAUUUCCUUUGUCCCUGAGCCAGAUUUUCAACAUUUAACCCUGCUUAAAUUUGAAAUUAAAUUACCGUAAAACUUCAGUUUAAAGCCUAGUCACGAGUGGCAGCACAUUUUGACAAAGACAGGCCUGUCUCGAUUAGAAGCCUGGUCUGGUUGGUUGUUCUUUGGAUGUAUAAAAAAAGGUUGUUGGCUACCCACUUGGGCUAACGUUAGUUAGCUGCUUAGAUUACACAUACAUAUAUAAAUGUUUAAACUUUUGUCAAUGAAAAGAUGUUAUAUAUCGUAAGAUCAGUUGGAUUCUCCAUAAUUCAAUCCUUCAGUUCAUUUUACUAAAACCAUGAGCACCAAAGGAGACCGUACUUCAUUCUGAUUUACUGCCAUGAUGGAAAAACAAGGGGUCCAUGUCAUUGGUUCGACAGCCCAUUGGUUCGACAUCCCAUUAGUCUGACUGUCCGCGGUGCUGAACGGCUCGCGGCGGGCGUAAGGUGCGCCGCGACCAGCUUGAGGCGGAGCAGGCUCACGGCUUAUGUAUCUUUUCCUGACCCUAACCAAGUGGUUUUUGUGCCUAAACCUAACCAGACCUUAACCACAGGGCAUCAUGAUGAUUUCGGAACGGACUUCGGAACAAUGAGUUUAAUAUGGUCGGAACAAUGGGAUGUCGAACCAAUGGGCUGUCGAACCAAUGGGCAGUUCCCAAAACAAGUGACUCCCCACGUUACUUCCAAAGCUGUCAUUAAGUCAGAAUAUGUGUCCAAUCCUGGAUUAAAUUAUUCAUAUUCCUUUAGUCCGUAAGGGUCCUCGGAUCAAAAGAAUCGAAAGGAUUUUGGGACUAUGAAUAUUGUUUUAACAGAAUAAAGUGAUUUUGUGGAUUCAUUUUUAUGAAAAACCUUUUUAAUUCUUUUAAUCUGAGGACCUUUACGGACUGAAGGAAUUUGAAUAAUUUACAGGGUAACCCAGGAACGGACACAUUAUCUGAGGUAGCCAACAACCUGCUUUUAUACACCCGAACAACUUCUAUGAAAAUGAACUGCUUGGCAACCAGACCAGGCCUCAAUUGAGAGACAGGCCUUUAUUUGUCAAAAUGUGUAGCUACAUCAGGUAGUAAAAGAGACUGGGUGUUAAAUUAGCACUAGGCUUUUAGUUGAAGUUAUAUGGUAAUUUAUGUAUACCUGUACUAGGAACGGGUGGAGUUUGAGUCGAAAAUGUCAUUUAAAUCAAAAGUGGGUGUGGCCUAAUCUGAGGCUGUUAUUUUAAGCCUGGCAUUGAUAUGGGUUGAUCAGAAGUUAUUUACUAUUUAUUAGAAAAGUAUUUACAGAACAAUCUCAGAAUUAUGCUUCAGAUCAGUCUUGAUCAGAAGAGUAAGACAUCAAACUACCCAAAUAUAGAUUUUCCUGUAUUGAGUGCAGAUAUUGACACAUUUUACUUGAAGUACUCGGCUCAACCCUAGAAACAUGCAAAAAUCCAGCCUCGACACAAAAUCUUUCUCAAAAAUGUGUCGUUUGUUUCACUUGUUAAGACGAUCUAAUGUCUUCAUUAACCUACAUGUUCAUGUAGACGCUCUGAUAACUCUUCUAAUAAAAGGGACGUGAAAUACA